AUGCCGCCGACGGCGCGCGUCCGGCGCCUGACCACGGCCGCGGCCGCGCCGCUCUCCGACCUCACGGACGCGCUCCUCGCCACCCGCCUCGCCAACCACCUCCUCACCACGCCGCAUAUCCCGCCCGCGCUCCUGCCGGCCGCGCCGCUGCCGCUGCCCGUCCGCCUCCACGUCCUCCGCCACCCGGCCCUCCCGCCCACCUCCAAGCUCUCCUUCUUCCUCGCCGCCACGCCGCCGGCCUCCCCGCACCUCGCCACCACCUUCCCCGUCCUGCUCCGCGCGCUCGCCACCCACUCCCCGCCGCUCCUCGACGCGCUCCUCCCCUUCGCGCUCUCCUCCCCGUCCCCCGACGCGCUCCUGCCCCGCCUGCUCUCCGCGCUCCUCUCCGCCUCCCGCCUCGACGCCGCGCUCGCGCUCCUCCAGGACGCCCCUCCGGACCUCCUCCCCCGCCUCGCCGCCGCCGCCAUCCCCUCCCUCAUCGCCUCCCCUGACCCCGUCUCCGCCGUCCCCGCCAUCCGCAGGCUGCUUCCCAUCGCCUCCCACCCGCCUCACGUCCGAGCCACCAACCGCCUCCUCCUCGCCUUGUCCAAGGAGAACCUCCACGAUGACUUCUGCCAUGUGUUCGACGAAAUGUCAAGGAGGGGCCUCCCUUCCAACUUAAGGUUCUACAACAUUUGCAUCCACGCCUUCGGCAAGUGGAAGCGCCUGGAUAAGUCCCUCAAGCUUUUCGCGGCCAUGAAAGCCGCAUCUCCUCCACUCGUGCCAGAUGUAUGCACGUACAAUUCGGUCAUACGUGUGCUUGUGAUUGGCGGGAGGGUGGCUGAUGCUUUGGUGGUCUUUGAUGAAAUGAAGUUGGCAGGGAUCCACCCAGACUUGUUCACUUACCGUGCGGUCGUGGAUGGGUGCUGCAAGAGUUUCAGGAUGGACGACGCACUGCGUAUGUUUCAGGAGAUGCGCGGGGGCACCGGGCUGAAGGGGGAUGUCGUGGUGUACAAUUCGCUUCUAAAUGGUCUCUUCAAAGCAAAGAGGCUUGAUGAGGCGUGCGGGUUUUUCGAGACAAUGGUGGCGGAUGGGAUCCAAUGCUCAGCGAGCACACACAACACAGUGAUUGAUGGGCUUUUCAAGAACGGGAGGGCAGAAGCAGCAUGUCGGCUGUUCUAUGAGCUAAGGAAGAAAGGUCAGCUAUUGGAUGGGAUUGCAUACAGUAUCAUGGUAAGGGAGUUCUGCAAGGAGGGGACAGGGGACCAAGUUGCAGAGGCAGUCGGUUUGGUGAAGGAGAUGGAAGAACGCGGCUUUGUUAUUGAUUUGGUUACUGUUACAUCAUUACUUAUAGGUUUUAACAAGAGUAGACGGUGGGAUUUGGAAGAGAAGAUAGUCAAGAUCAUAAGAGACAGCUCUGUUUUGCCAGAUGCCAUUCGAUGGAAGUCCAACAUGAUGGAUGCCUUGACAGGACCACAGGAUAGAGCGAAAGAUGGAACAUCAAUCUUUCCAUUUGAUGGUAAUAUGAACGAUGUGAUGAGUUUGCUCAAUCCUGCAGUAUGCACUGAUACAAACGAUGGAACCACAAAUAAUGAACCCAAGGAUGAUUGGUCUUUGUCCCCACACUUAGAUCAUCUUGCCAAACAUGCUGAUCAUUCAAAUAAUUCUGCUAUAUUUACAGUGCACAGAGGGCAGAGGGUGGAAGGCAUGGGGGGUAAAACUUUCGAUGCUGACAUGGUUAAUACAUAUAUGUCAAUCUUUUUGGCCAAAGGGAAGUUGAGUGUAGCCUGCAAGUUAUUUGAGAUCUUUACAAAUCUGGGUAGGAAAGGGACAAGUUAUACAUACAAUUCACUGAUGACCUCAUUUGUCAAGAAGGGGUAUUUGAAGCAGGUCUGGGCAGUUCUUCACGAGAGGGGCGGACAGCUCUGCCCCAACGACAUAGCAACAUACAACCUGAUAAUUCAAGGUCUUGGUCAGAUGGGGAAAACAGAGGUUGCUAGCUCAAUCAUGGAACAAUUGUCAAAAAAAGGUGUUUACAUGGAUAUUGUUAUGUACAACACUUUGAUCAAUCAAUUGGGUAAGGUUGGGAAGGUUGAAGAAGCAAAUUGUUUGCUUGAGCAGAUUACCACAAGGGGCAUGAAACCAGAUCUUGUUACUUUUAAUACCUUGAUCAAUAUUAAUGCGAAAGCUGGUAGGUUGAAGGAAGCCGACAAGUAUUUGAGGAGGAUGAUUGCGGAAGGCAUUGCUCCAAAUCACGUGACGGAAACAAUAAUGAUUUUCCUUGAUAAGGAGAUUCAAAAGAGAAGACAGCGACCUAAAUGAACUACCAGGGAAGCACGAAUAAAAUCAGUGCAACUAAUGCUUUUUCAAGAUGCUAUAUUGUCGAUAAGGAACAGUUGUUGUUACAACAAACUCUACCGAGAGGUAGCUCUGUUAUGAAACAAAACUCCCAUGAGUCAGUGAGCGGAAGGACUACACUUGAAGUCAUUAAGGAAUUCUGUUUUCCACUCAGAAAUUCGUCUUUGAAUGGUUCAGCACUGAGUUUAUUGUCUGAGCCCUGUAGUGCCAAAAGAGACUUGAUACAGUGUGAAGGUGAAAGUCACAAAAGAUGGACAGUUUUAGCUGUGAAUUAACACAAGGGGAGAUCUGAUCAGGAUGUAUUGUGGGUGCUCUCACCUGUUAAACGUGCCUAGCAGAGUAACAGGAGUAGAAGCAAGGGAGUGUGUCAUGUCAACUAUUGAAGUAUUGAGUGCUAAGCGGAUAUGUUCCGUUUGGAUUUCAUGUGCAUGGACAUUUCUGUUGCGUCCUUCAUCUCCUCUUUGAAUGUGUGGUUGCUAGACAACUGUAGCUUGAUAUCUGUGAGAUGACUGGCAUUAAUGUUUGCAAUUAAUUCCUAGCAGAUUGGCAGAUUAGCAGUGACAUGCCAAUUUCAAGUGGAUGGGGGGGUUGCGGAUAGUGGAAACUGUGAAUUCAAGAACAGUGGUCAGCUGCUUUGCUGGGACUCAAAGCUGUCUGUUACUUCUGUGUAACACUUCUCCAGGAUGCUGAAUUCCAGGCUGAUUCAGGUCCCAAGCCAAGUAGCCCUGGAGGACAUGAAGCACGUUUUGGUCCAGAUUGAGAAAAGAAUGUGAUGGAGCUGCACACUGUUUAGUUCAGCUCUAAAUAUUCUUUGAGCAAGAAACAUGAUCUGCUUUCAGCAGGCAGAGUGGAGUGGUGGGCUUGCAGCAUUUAUGGGAUUCACUUAUCUGGGACAACGAGCGAGGGAAACACUUCUAGAGACCCUGCUGGCAAAGCUUGCUCUGCCACAUAGAUGAGAGUAAGAAACAUGAUCUGCUUUCAGCAGGCACGGUGGGGUGGUGGCUUGCAGCUUUUAUGGAGGAAAACCGUCAACCAAAACAACAGCUGGUGUGUCUGCUAUCCUGGGUAAUUAUAGAAGCUGCUGCGACGUAGACGAGUAGAUGAUGAAUACGAUCCAAAUGAUGACAAACAUUCGACAUUUCGUUCGAAAUCCGAGCGGCUGUCCAUGAUGCAAAUCUGCUCGCUAACUGUUUAAAAGCAUGAAGAUGUCAUGUGGUGGCCAUUGUAGUAUAAACCAAAUGCAAUGAGAUUCCUGCCAUAUUCUGCGUGAACUUUUUGUCCUUGGUCGCGUGGUUAGGUGGUGAGAUAGAAACAAAAAAGCCUGAGUAGCUGUGUCCUCUUGCUCUUGGUUGUAUUUUUAUUUUUACCAUUGGUCCCACUGUUCAUCCCCCCACCCCACAAUCUGACAACACUAAAUCGUUUUCUUCUUACAUAUACUCCCUCCGUCACAAUUUAGAAGGCACACCUGGAAAA